GACCGGAACGGGGAGCGGACGGCUGUUGCUCGCAAGCCCGCACGGGCUCCCGAGGAACAUCCACACCCGAUGGGUUAUGAUAUCCAUUCCUUCCUCACACAAGACACGGCGGAAGGGUGACAAGUGACAGCCCGCCUGUUUGUCGCCUGCCACCCUCAUGUUGACGUCUACCAAUACCACCCUCCCGUCUCCGGUGGGUGUAUAUAGUCCGCUGGUCGCCUGAAAGUGGCAUCAGACCCCUGUGGAUCCUUAGCCGCUCCACCAUGCACCCGCUGCGUCUGAGUCUGCUGCUGCUACCGGCGGUGACGACUCUUGCCUUCGGGAGGCUGCCGGAGUCGCUCCUGAAGAUGCUAGAGAUGCUCAGCCGUGAGCCGAGGUCACUCGGAGGUUUAGCUCAGUUUGUUGUUAACGACAGUCGUACCACCGCAAUGUCGCCGGUCGAUGUUAGCGGGAAGAGAGCUGGUAUACCACCACAGCCGCUACCAUUCUGGGCAAAACGCUCCAAAGAAGCUAAUGACGACUCAGACUUUCAAGCGCCACCAUUCUGGGCCAAACGUGGCAAUGACGAAGCCCAAGACACCGUCAACGACUCGCUGACUGGUUCACAGAAGCGAUCCGAAUCCAUAGAACAGUCGCCUCCGCGAGGUCGGCCGCCCAUGUGGGCCAAGCGAUCUCCUCACUCGGUCAUGUCUUCAAAGCCUCCGGUCAAGCGUGACGCAUCACUCAUAUCCGUCACCAACGACGUUACCUCCAUCAUCGAUGACGUCACUGACGACGAGUUCGGCGUGCCGCUGACUCCCGACGACUUCCAGGCGGCCGUCCGUCUGGAGGCGGACGCUCUGCUCUCUGCGCCCGACGCUGGCGACCCCACCCAGCUGGCCGGUCUUUACGAGGGAGACAUCGCCGGAGUCAGCGAGGAAGGCAAAGACCUGGAGACCGCAGGGGGUGACAGCGGUGGGAGGGUCCGGAACGCCGUGCGAAAUCGGCACCAGCUGUGGCCAGGAGGUGAGAUCCCCUACACGAUCGCCUCCACGUUCAGCGACCAGGAGCGCGCAGUUAUCGCCGCUGCCGCGCAGCAGCUGUCUCAGCGCUCCUGUCUGAGGCUGGUGCCGCGCUCCGGCCAACGCGACUACGUUCACAUCAAGAAGGGUCGGGGCUGCUCGAGCGACGUGGGACGGUUCGGCGGUCGCCAGGAGCUCUCGCUCGGUAAUGGCUGCGUAUACCGCGGUGUGGUAGCGCAUGAGCUGCUCCACGCGGCCGGAUUCUGGCACGAGCAGAGUCGAGCCGACCGCGACAAUCACGUGAUCAUCCACCGGGAGAACAUUCGCGCUGGCAUGGCCUACAACUUCGACAAGAAGCCCUGGAGCCAGACGCUGGACCUGGGCGAGCCGUAUGACGUGGGCUCGGUCCUGCACUACGGACCGACGGCGUUCGCAGCGGACCCCAGCCGACCGACCAUCACCGCGCUGGUGCCGAGCUCGCGCAUGGGUCAACGAGACGGUCCCUCCGACCUGGACAUCGCCAAGCUGAACCGACUGUACGGCUGUGACGAGGUGCCGACGGAGGCACCGGUGACGGGCGCUCCCGAGUGCCGGGAUACGGACGGAUCGUGUCAGUUCUGGGCGGAGAACGGAGAGUGUCAGAAGAAUCCCAACUGGAUGGGCAUCAACUGCGCCCUCUCCUGCGGCACAUGCGGAGACUGCGAGGACCGGAGUGGCUCGUGCGCCGGCUGGGCGGCCGACAACCAGUGUACCGCCAACUGGUCCUACAUGAGCGUGUUCUGCCGGCGCGCCUGUGGCCUCUGCGGCGACGGAGCGAUCGCCGGCUGCGGAGACACCGCCAGCCAGUGCUCCGAGUGGGCUAAGGCAGGGGAGUGCGCCGCCAACCCCGACUAUAUGGCAGUCCACUGCAGGAAGGCCUGCGGGGUCUGCUGA